AGCUCGCUACACAAGCACGGCAAAGUUGGUACAGCAACAGAAAUUGCAAGAAAUAAGCAGUUAUUUGAACGUGAUUUCAUCAAAAUUAGUGACAUUCGCUAGCUUAUUGUGUGUAGUGCCUAUUGGAACGGAUUUACUUCGCGGUGGUGUCCUUUGAGCUGGCGAAUCUGAGAUCCUAUUCGCAUCCCACACGAAAUCGACUCAUCGAUCUCCACGGGCAGAAAGAUAACCACGUCUAGUUUCAAAUCCUAAGUGAGUGUGACGAAAAACGGGUCUCGAAAAAACCCCACACCAUUCGGUUAAAGGAUUGAAGUACAGGCAAGAAGAACGAAAAAUUCCAAAGGAAACGAUCGUUCGCUAAUUCAGCACAAUGCAAACAAUCAAAUGCGUAGUCGUUGGUGACGGAGCCGUCGGUAAGACGUGCCUGCUCAUUUCAUACACGACCAACAAAUUCCCUUCUGAGUACGUACCGACCGUAUUCGACAAUUACGCAGUCACGGUCAUGAUCGGUGGCGAACCAUACACACUUGGUCUGUUUGACACCGCCGGCCAGGAGGAUUACGAUCGCCUCCGACCCUUAUCCUAUCCGCAGACGGACGUGUUUUUAGUGUGCUUCUCCGUUGUUAGUCCCAGUUCAUUUGAGAAUGUAAAAGAAAAGUGGGUGCCGGAGAUAACGCAUCACUGUCAAAAGACCCCAUUCUUAUUGGUAGGUACGCAGAUCGAUCUGCGUGAUGAAAACAGCACACUGGAAAAGUUGGCCAAAAACAAACAGAAGCCCAUCACCCUUGAGCAGGGAGAGAAGCUGGCCAAGGAGCUAAAAGCCGUUAAAUACGUGGAAUGUUCUGCGUUGACUCAGAAAGGACUGAAGAACGUAUUCGAUGAAGCAAUCCUGGCAGCACUAGAACCUCCAGAGCCGACAAAAAAGCGGAAGUGCCGAUUUUUGUAAAACAUGCUCCGUUCGGAAAGGUGGAUUCCGUAGUCGCACAGGAGGAAAGAGGGUUGGUUGUGCUGCCCGGAUCCUCGAAUUUUCGUGUUUCUUUCAGAUAGCGAACACUCGCUUACGCCACAUUUAUAAAGCAGUCAUUAACAGGCCGAAGACAAACAGAAACUACGGAAUGUCGCUUGUCUUCUUUAAUUUUUUUAUCGAUUAAUCUUGUUUAUUACAUGCAGCGCAUAUGCAUUAUAAAACCGAAAGAAUGGCUCUGUGAAUUGUGGCAAACAUCCUUAAAACUACGUUCUUUGAAAAUAAUCCUAAAAAAAAAACAAACGAUCCUAAGCAUAAUUAACCAACACAGAAACACCUCAGAGACGAACAUAAAAGAAAAAAAUACACAAGUAAAAACAAUGCAAAAAUGCUAAACAUGGCAACAGUAAAGCAAAGAAAGUGCUGAUUGUAGGAACAACAUAAACAACCAAAUCACAAAACCCAGAAAAAGUAAACAAAAAAUAGCAUAUAUAAUUAUACAACUAUGUAUAUUUGUGCGCAUAUAUACAUACAUUCUAAUGCAAGUACGUGAUUGUCGUUUCACUUUUCGCGUUAUCUUGAAUGAAGUAAACCAGCAUGAACCACUGUUUUUUGGUUCCUAUGAAAGAAGCAACAUCUUCGGUACUCCUAGAGGGAAGUCAACCGGGCAAUGCUGACAAAACCGGAAGCAAGUAAUACCACAUGGCUCUGUGCAAUUGCAGUGUAUGGCGCUAUGUGAACGGACAUUGGAAAUAGGAAAUCGGAAACGAGGGAAAAAUAUAUACAAAACGAAUUGUAAAAUGUAUUAUUAUUAAGUCUAUUGGACGCGCAGGCGUGCGGUGCAAAAGAAUUAGCAAACGGACCUGGACAAAUGUUUCUUGUCAUUCGAUGCAGCCUUUUGGCACGACUGAUGCCGUCUCGCUGGCUGGCUGGUUUUGUAAUGGGACUGCGUGCUGGGUAUAGGUCUGCCGUGACACAGUACAUUGAAAGUGCAAGAUAAUGAUUUCGGGAAGCAGUUUAUAUGUCUUUUACAUCAACAAAGAAAAAUUACUAAAAGUGGAAUAUUCAUAUGAUUCGUGUCAAAAAGCUGUCAGUUUGAAUUUUUUUACAUGAUUGUAUAUUAAAUCCUUUUAAAGGAUUGUUGAGCAUAAAUGUUAGUGGAGCUGGAGCAAGCAGGGUGGCAAUAGGAAGCGGCUAACGUGUUUCUACGUAAUACUGCAGAAAGUAACAUUAGAAAAGUUAUGCGGCUCAAACCGAGCGAGAAAGCUUUACUACUAUUCUAUCUAAUUUUAAAGAAUUACAUGCUUUCGAGACGAUAACGAUGUGCUAGGUAUAUUCUUCGCUACCAUCAGUUUUGUAUUAAUUAAACUCAUGUUAGUUCAAACAACACUGUACCGCUCUAGUUUAACUUUUGCUUUGGCGACCGUUAGUGGUUCUUAUGAGUUGGUAGAUCACUUUGCAUUUGACUUGCAGUGUUUAGGGAUUUUUUUAACAAUUGUAUCCUAGCUUAGUACGAACAGUGCCCAAAAUGUUUAAAUAAGAUCAUUUCUUUGUUUCAAAUCACAUGAACCCGUCAAAAUGUCAAAUCAUAUCUUUCAUUUCUGGAGAUUCUACCUUAGCUCGUGAUCAAAAACAAACACGUGCGUGAUCCACUAACCACUCGAACUGAACAUCAAAACAGAUUUUAUUUGAUGCUUAGUGCAGAGGAUUCAACUCAAAUGUUGUACAAUAUCGGUAGCAAUGUGAAUUAGAAACAUGCUAGAGUAAUUUCCCAUCAAAUCAUUUACCCACUUCUGUGUUGCUAUCAAUGUUGGCGCAAUACUUCUGUCUAAGGUUAGUGGACAGAUUUGCUUCUAAUGAUGUUAGCGCGUCGUUGUGCUAUGGAACCAAUGGUGAACAACUUUGCAUACUUCAAGGGAAUCUAAUAUCUGGUCAGAGAAGCUAAGUGUUUGACUAGUGUCCCAAAAAAUUUUAAAUCACCCAAAUUACGCGCUCAAAAUUGUGUACACGGAAAAGUUCCCUCGAUUGGUUUGAAACAGAGAUCGAUAUUUCACAGAUGCGGCAUUAAUGUUAUGAAGGAGUCGAACAUUUCCAACUAUUCAAUGAGUGAAUAGACAUGACCAUGUGCAUGUUACACAAUAGGGUUUAGAAGAAAACAAGGGUUGUCUUAUAGAAAAUUUGUUGACUCUAUGUAAAGGAGCAUUUUUUCGCUUCGAAUGAAAAUAACACAGUCUGGUUUGGUGUUUUCAGUUGCGAUACCCUGUAGAAUGAUUUCAGUUCCAUAAAUCAUACAGCAAGCACACACAUUUUUAUGCCAUUCUUUUAUUUAAAUUUCAUAUCGAGCACGAGUUUGUUUUGAGAUAACAAAUACUAUAUUUGACGGAAAAUAAACAGUAAAAUAAAACAAAACAUUUUAUACAGCUGGA